AUGCGUGGCACGGGCGGUGACUGGCUGGAGCUGCGUCGCCAACUGUUGGAUUCAGAUCUCGGCGGAGAGUCGAGCAGCAGCGGCCCGUCAGAAGUCUUGUCAGGUUGGUCACUGUUCGGAUCUCCGACCGACGAUGACGUGGACGGCCCGCCCGAGGGCGCCGACGCCGCCGCCAUAGCUGCUGAUGACAUGAUCGUCGAAGCCCCGCCCGUGGAUGCCAUAGUCGAGGUCCCACCCGCUCAAAGCGGGCGCGGCCGUCCACGUCGGAGAACCGUGAACGCUGUGCUCGCAGAUGUGACGACACACCACGGCGGCAUCUUGGCGCCGCCAGGGUCUGGGGCGCAGCAGCUCGAGAGCCAGGUCGACCCCGUCGACGGCGGACCCGAGGACAGCAUCGGCGGCGCAGCUCCAGCCAAUAUUAACCCUUUCGUGGUUUCAGAUGCAGAGUCGUUCAGACGCCUGGUGUUAGAGGUGGGCGAUGCAAUCGCCAACAACAUAAGUUUAGACGGGUUGUUGGACCAGACGCACAUGGAGAUCGGCCUGGUCUUCACAGAGGCCGUUCGCUCAGAUGAGACCCAGUUGCCUGCGAGGGGCGCCACGGGGUCGAACGACGAAGGCAAUAUAUACAACGACUUGCCCGACGAUGCUGACGAGAGGGCGAAACUGGUCAACGCCGAAUGGAACUAUGGCAUGUUGUUUGUGAAGCGGGGCAGCGGCGGCCAACCUUCCUCAUACGUCAGCUUCUCAUUCAGUCUCUGCACCCCUGUUCAAGUGGUUUCGAAUACAACUGGAGAAUGUUAUUACGCCGUGCUGCACCAGACCCGCCUGGCCGACGCAGACCGCAUCGCUCAGAAGUUCGCCCGCCACCAGAGGGCCUACAACAGCAACACUUUUCGGAGAGAGGUUAAGAAACUCAUACUUGCGCCUGGUCGGUUCACUUACCUGGCGGAGGGGGCCUGCUUGCCAGUGCAUGUGAAACGUCUCGAGCACCUCCUCGACCUUGCGGUGCCGCCCCGCACCCGCAAGAACGUGUGGAGGCGGAGCGUCAUAUGGGCUACGAUCAACGGCGGCAUCGACGGCUCCAGGCUCAUUCACUGGAAUGGGUGCGAAGAGAUAGUGGAGUAUUUCAUUCUUUUGCAGGGCUUGGGAAUAUUUGCCGACGCAUGGAGCAAGUGGAUUGCCGUGUAUUAUCCCAGCGAGAAGAAGGGCGCACAUCCGAGAGUUGACCUAGACGGCAAGGGCGCGCUCCAAGCGGUCCUGGACUCGAACCCAGCAGGCAUGAGCGUGCCGCAUCUCACCGUCGCAGCGCAGGAAGAGUUGAAAAAGCUCGAACAGAAGAGCCAUAGGGGUACCGUCACGAAGCACUUAGCUACUAUUGGCCCAGAUGAAGUCCUAUCCACUGCCGUCGUCGUGCUGAGAACAAUGAACUUGCACCGCGAUUUCAUCGGUGGGCUGAUCUACUCUUGUGGUGACCAUAAGAAGUUGAAACAGAAAGCGUCAGCAUCCCAGGCGUUGAAGGGCAACCAUGGCCGCACCUUCAUGUAUCAAGUUCUGGAGGCUUACGAUGUGGAGUUGGAGACUCGUCUGGUUGACAACGCUUUCUUUCUGAUGUCAGACUCCGCUCAUUGGGAGAGCAUCCCGCUGCGAUGCAGGACUCUGAGGUUGCAGUGCACUGCGUUCCGCUUGCUAUCUCAGGCCGUCUGCACGACAUCACUUAUCAAGUUGGAGAAAACAUGGUAUCCGAAUAAAACGUUUGCUGGUAUCCGCAGCGACGAUGCCAUGCAGGCGGCUCUCGACGAGAAGGAUUGCUUGCUCGACCCCUGGUCGCUGCAGUUCUGCAGGCACCACAGGUACGGGGUCAUCGCAGACGCGCGGCAUGACUUGAUGCACGUGGCUAGCUUGCUCCAUGAGGACACAGUGAAGCAGGAGUGGAGCCAAGGCGUCUUGCGACGCAUCAUCGCCUCACGAUCGGUCAACACGUGGGUUGCCAGCCUUUCCCGCAUCAACGUCGAAUGGAUCGGCCAAGGGUUCCGCAGGCUGGCGAGAGCCUUUCGGCAGCUUCGGACACCCAGCUCAAGCAGCCCUGCGGCCGACCAGCCAUGCCAGCAACAAGCCCGCGCUGCUGGCGCCCCGAGCGCCCCGCGGAGGCGGAAGCUGCGGGCUGCCGACGUCUUCUUCAGUCGUGAGUGCGGGCAGGAAGGCAACGCACAGCCCAGCUUCUCGGGGAUGUGGGCGAAGUUCCGCAGGCUGGGCGACGGCGACAUCGACGAGCUCCAGCGGCAGGCGGAUGAGGCCAACGCUGAGGUCAACGAGGGGAGGAGGCCUUUUCCGAUGGGUCGGCGCGAGAUGCAGCGGGCCAGGGCCCGCGCCGACGCAGAGGCAGUUGCCGCGAUGCACGUCCGCGCUCAGCUCGCCGAUGACAGAGUUGGUCAGCCUGCUCCCCUGCACCGCGCCCUGGAGGCCCAUGGGCGCACCCUCGCUGCCGUUGCUGCGGCUGCCCCGUCGGGUGCGUUGGCCGCCAGGCCGAGCGCAGACGCCCUUGCAGUCAUCAAGCGUGCUCUGCGGACCUCUUCGGACUCGGAGCGGCGUGAGGAGAAGGUUGCCGAGCAGCAGGUGGUCGAUUUCGCCGAGAGGGGCGGCCGCGCGGGCGCUCGGGAGCUGGCCCUGGCAGCGGGCCGCGUGGUGCCGCAUGCCGCUGACGCCAGCUUAUUCGUUGCCGACCCGAGGAACGCCCAGUCCGAGGAAGGCGCCCAGAAUUUCUUGCACGCCGAGUGGGCCGACGACUCCGUCUACCAGCGGGCGCAGCGACUCGCUGCGCUGACGGGGCAGACCCGCCCAGUGCGCGCGUUGCGAGGUCUCUUGCAUCGCUUCUGGCAUGGGCUGUCCCGCACAAUAUUGCACAAGGACUGCGAGGUGUUCGACGAGCCACCUGUCCACAGGAGGUGCUGGGAGGCUCGCCGUUGCAUAUGCUGCCCUGAGUCGGCGUCGCUGGUAAAGUUGAGGGCUAACCUCGAGAAGACCACGCGGCGCUUAUACCGCCCUGGAGCUCUUCGGUCCAACGUUGAUUCAGGGUUCAUCGUGUGCUGUUUCAUCGGCUUGGCUGUUCGGCAAGAUGGGGAUGGCGGCCCCGCUGCCGAGUGCGACGAUGGUGCCCUCUACGCGUUCAUGCACGUCGGCUUUCACAGCUGGAGCCCGUUCGAGCCCUUCUACGUCCCCAUGCGGACGCCAGGGUACGUCGUCGACUUGGACGGCGACCAGAAGCUCAGAGAACGCUUGGUGGAGUUGGAGGCGUUGCCUAGGAGUCUUGAUGCGUGGGCUGCUUGCGAGAUCUUCGACUUGUCGAAGCGUUGGCUGCUGGCGCACUUCGAGCUGAUCGAGAACGACACCGUCGUGGGCGCC